AGCUCCAGUGUUACUGUGAAGUUUCUUUCACACAGUAAUGGGGAGGAAAGAGAAACUCCUGAUUUGUUCUUUCUUUGUGUCAGUUUACAUGCUGACACUUGGGAAAUGUGGUCCUGUAAAUGCAGCUGCAGACUGGAGCAAUGGACAAGAUCCAGCAUUUAUGGCAAUGGAUUCCACAAAAGAAAAAAGAGCCACAGAGGACUGUUCUGGCCUACAGAAAGAUCUUGAUGAGAUGAAGGAUAAAUGUAUGGAGUUUUACAAAGAAGCAAAAGAUAAUAUUAUCAGUCUUAAAAUCCAGUUGGAUGAGCUUUACGAUGAAGUCAGCUCCUCAAAUAGUCCAGGAUCCUCCAAGGAUGUCUUAAAGAUUCUCCAGAAAUUCGUCGAACUGCAGGAGAUUGAAACGAUAAUGAAAACUGAAAAAGACAACACAAAUAUUGAAGGACUGGAAAAGCGUGAAAUGGAAGCAGAAAAAGACUUAGCAGAGAUGACGAGAGCAUUUUUUAGCGUUGAACUGUUGAAUCACACAGUUUCAAAGAGAAGUGCUGAGACAUCUAAGAGUGAAGCAAUAUCGAUUGCUCUAAAUGAAUUCAAGAAAUACUUAGAAGACAGACUCAAAAAACCAGGGGAACGAGGUGGCAUUGCAGAACACGUGCUGCAGAUUGUCAAACUGCAAAUUGAAGCGAUGGACCUACAGACACGUCUCGCUAGUAAAUAUAAGACACAAGCGCAGAUUGAUGUAAUUACAAACCAGCUAGAGUACAAAAAAGGCCUUGUAUCUGAUCUGAAAGAGGAGAGAGAAGAGAUGACUGGAAACAUACAAAAUAUUGAUACACUCAUUAAAUCUCUGGAUAAAGAAAUACUGGACCUGAAGGCUGAAUUAUCAGCUCUUAAGCAAACACUUACUCAGCUUGAUGGACUGGCGAAAGAAUUUGAUAACAAAAGAACCGAAGUAAUGGACAAAAUUGGCACAUUGAAGGGAAAGGAUGAGUUGGAUUUACGUGGAAAGCUGAUUGCCCAGACAGAACAAUGCAAUGAUGUGAUGGAUAUGUACCAGAGUGAGAGAUUUCUCUCUACUUAUCAUCGAUAA